ACAAGGGUGUUCGCUGUACGUAUGUAAGCCGGGGCUUAGAUUGAUGACGUAGUGUAGGAGCUUGUCGAUAAUCCUGUAGGGUAGCUACCUAGCUGCUAGCACCUAGUACGGUGUAUCUACCUACCUACCUACAUAGGUACUUAACAAUAGGCAACCGACCAAAUAAUCAACUCAACUUAAGUGAAAAUUCGACCAUAAUAUAACUCUGUUUAUUGAAACCGAGUUCAUAUAUGAUUGGGUACCAAGAGGGAGGUAAUCGUAUAGCAGCAUGUCCAUGUUUCGGAAAGCUAGCGCAUUGCUAGGUGGCGGCGAUGCAGGCGACGCCAAAAAGCACCACGAAGAUGGGGAAUCACUAACCACUGUCCUGGAGACGGACGAAGAUCGCAGCACCCUCACUCUUCUCAUAUGUGAUGUCACAGAGCUCAUGCGCAAGGGGCUUGUCGACACUUUUAAUCCCAAAGAGAUUGGGACUGAAGAAGAUCGGCUAGCUGCAUUAUCAUUAGAUGACAAUGAGCUAACCAACUCUGAGAAGCCAAAGGAUGAUGAGAAGAGCAAGGAAACCCAAAAGUUAUUGGAGAAGCAGCAAGCCGAAGUUGCUAAGCUUGAAAAAGAGGUUAGCGUUGAGAAAAUGGUCAUGCUCAAGACGAGCGCAUUAGAUUUCUUCGACGACUGGAGGGAUACCGUCAUUCUAAGGGUCGGGGAGGUUGUCAACUCCAGCAGAGAGAAGACUGGACAACAAGCUGAGCAAGCAAAGCCGAACCCUACUCACCCAGAGGACCAAGUGUCCCUCGAGGGUAUCGAGGGUACCGAGGCAAAUGAGCAAGUAGACGAGGUCACUGAGGCACUCCUGAAGCUCUAUCCUCCUAUUGAGACCCCGCUCCGCAAAAUGGCCAAGGAGAAGCGGGUAUUAAUCCUUCACUCGGUGUUCCUGCUGCUGCUGAGUUUAGAGCACUACAAUGCGCACUCGCGGACUUUGUUGCUGUGCCUGACUACGAGUUUGGGUCUCUCCGCCAUAGUACUUUCUGAGGAUGAAAAGAAGGUCGCCCAAGGCCUGUUGACGGCAGCCGAGAAAAUGUCGGCGGAAGAAGAGACGAAGAAGAGAGCGGAGAAGAAUCGCACGUCUCGCAGAAUUAAAAUGGGGGUGGCUGGAGUAGCCGGCGCUGCCCUCAUCGGCAUCACUGGCGGAUUGGCGGCGCCCCUAUUGGCCACUGGUAUCGGCACCGUUCUAGGUGGGAUUGGUCUUGGAGCUACUGCCACAGCAGGCUAUUUAGGGGCAUUGGCCGGAAGUGGCGUACUGGUAGGCGGCUUAUUCGGGGCCUACGGUGCAAAGAUGACAAGCAAAGCCAUGGAACAGUACACCAGGGAUGUUGAAGACUUCGCCUUCAUGCCCAUCAACAAGCUGGGUGAGAACGAUAUCGAAGCACGUCGUUUACGAGUUGCUAUCGGAAUCUCCGGCUGGCUCGGCGACAAAGACGAGGUAGAGAAACCGUGGAAUUGCAUCGGACCAAAUAUAGAAUCCUUCGCCCUGCGCUUCGAGGUGGAAGCCUUAAUGAACCUCGGCAACGCACUCACUUCUCUAGUCACUUCAGCUGCAUGGUCCAUCGCAAAGUCUCAGAUCAUCAAACGCACUGUUUUCGCUGCUUUAACCGCGGGCUUAUGGCCUUUAGCUCUUGUAAAAGCCAGCCGUCUCAUCGACAAUCCCUGGAGCGUCGCAAACCAACGGGCGCAGAAAGCCGGGGAAGUACUCGCGGACGCUCUGAUCAACAAAGCGCAAGGUGAGCGGCCUGUGACCCUUAUCGGAUACUCACUCGGCGCCAAAGUCAUCUACGUAUGCCUCCAGCAGCUCGCCGAGCGGAAAGCCUUCGGGCUGAUCGAAAACGCAAUCAUGCUCGGCGCGCCGACCCCAAGCAGCUCCGCAGACUGGCGCUGCAUCCGCGCCGUCGUGACGGGGCGCGUCGUCAACGCGUACAGCACCAACGACUACAUCCUCGCCUUCCUGUACCGCAGCAGCAGCGUCCAGCUCGGCGUCGCCGGCCUGCACCCCGUGCUCAGCGUCAAGGGCGUCGAGAACGUCGACGUCAGCGACUUGGUUAAAGGACACACGCUGUACCGCCACGCGACGGCGCCGAUACUUAAGCGUAUUGGGUUUGAGGAUUUGGACUUGGAGGAUAUCAAGAUUCAGGAGAUGAAGUUGGAGGAGCAGGAGAGGAGGGAGGAGGAGAUGAGGAGGGAGGCGGAGGAGGGUACGAAGGGGAAGGGGCUGGAUAAGGAAGGGGAGACGUUGGUUAGUGAUGAGGAGGCGAGGGGAAUGGAGUUGGAUGGCCAGCAGGAGAGUGGACAGGAGAGUGAACAAAGGGGUGAGCAGAUGGGCAAAUUGGCUUAGACUAGUCAGAAUGAGCUUGGUUUCGUUGGCUGAAAUCUGAGAGCUUCAUAUAAGGAGGAAAGGGGGUAUGGGUUUUCGUGAGUUUGGAUUCCUCGCCUUGAAUCUUAUGCUGUGUUGGGCUGAGUGCCUAGGUGCCUAGGUAUAUAUGAGGCAUCUAGGUUAAGAUAUAUGGGAUAAAUGGUAUAACAAAAGUCAUUGAAAGAAGAACUAGGAUAGACCUUCUAGUUCGUACUAAAUUAAAUUCAUAUAAGUUCAAGGGAAACGGUGAAAUUAUUCACACGUCUUCG